AUGCAAACGUGGGCUGUCGGAAAUAUUACGCUUUUGAUGGCUAUGGAACUAUCGUCUCCAACGCGGCUAGACUAUUGGACCAUUAUGGAAUAA